GCACGUGAUCGUGUCGCAAUCUUAAGCAUGUCUGCAAUUUAUUCGUACAUGAGUUGUAGUACCGACAAGUGUUUAUGUUUAUGCCUGUAGUGGUGGACGUCCUUAGUGGGUGCCCACAAAGGCGGUUCGAGCAUCCCGCUGCCUGGGUCUGCGCUACCCUCGAGAAAAUGCCCACCCGACAAAAUAAGACCAGUGGCGGGUUCAAGCAGAGCUACCAGUCCCGCAAUGUCCAUGAUACCUCGCGUGCCACCACCGCCUGCCGUAAAUAGUCCAUAUCAAUCUCCACCUCAACAGAAGAACUCCAUGUUAGAUAAGUUAAAGUUAUUCAAAUCAGGAGACAGACCGACGCCUACACCUACCGGAAAAAGGACUAGUAGUUCAAGUGGUGUGUCCUCCGCAAGAAGUGAAAGAUCCGACAGUAGUGUUAGUUUAGAUCCAAAUUCGGACAUUAAACCCGUUAGAAACAAUUCGAGAAUUAAACAGAGACCGCAGAAGAACGUGACGUCGAAAAGCAGUCCCGUAUCGAAUAAGAAAGAACUGAAAGUGACGAAAACCGCGGUCGAAGUAGAAAAACACGCACAGAAAGUAGCCGGACUGUCUGUCACCAAAUUAACGGAGUCUAAAAUGAAAGCACCUGUUUGUAAAUCCGAUGUGGGUCUAAAUAAAAAUCUACCUCAAGGACCUCCUACGCUCGCACCUGGGACCGGAAUACCGAAACCGACCGCCGCAAUUAAAGGCACGAGCAAAGUCCCACGCGAGGAUAAAAACACCUCCGCCAUCAAGUCGCCCACAACAAUAUCCAGAGAAAGUUCACAGGCGAGUAUUGCAAUUCCAAAAGCGACAGUCGCAUUGGUAUCGCCUAUGAAAAAUAAUAUCGACCAUCAGCUAUCGGAGAGCAGUCACAGUGCGUCCACCGGCCAUCACAGCAACUCCAGCGAUAGCAGUGUCAUAUACAAACCGUCUAGUGAAAGUGGAUCUGAACAUACCAACAUCAUACCAAAUCGGAAGGAGCCGCUGGAAUACCUCAGCGACGUAACGGAACAGAAUCGUCACCUUGACCAAAUACCCGAAAAACCUCUUAGCCAUAUCAAUAUCGUUGUGAAUCACGUUCGGGAAGGGUCACAGGGCGACGACGAUUUGGUCUCGAUGAAUGUGGAACCUAUGAGGCCUUUGUUUAGGGGUUAUUGCAGCACCUUGACUCUUCCUGGACGUUCCAGAAACUACGCAACCGUACCUGACACUAGUGAUUAUUGUGAAAUUUCUUUGGCAAAUGGUUAUUUAUCGGACGGCGAAGUACUUCGCAACCCUUCCUCUAGAGAUUUGUGUGAUGGAUACAUGUCGGAAGGUGGUACCGCAUUGUAUUCGAGGAGAUUACAAGCUAUGCCUGCACAUAUCACAAACGGGUAA